UAGUCAUCGGAGGGCAGCUCACAGACUCACAGAUCCAAAAUUCAGAAAAUCUUUACUAUUUUAUUUAUAUUUAUUUAUUAUUAAUUUCUGAAAUUUGUUGAUUUUAUUGGGUAUUAUACGUACAAAAUUCUGUAUCUAAAUUCACGCAAUAAUUAAAAAAAAUUAUAUAUAAAGAGAAAAUGUCGAGCGACAGUAAUGAUAUAGACGAGGACGAGCUCUUGCAGAUCGCAUUGAGAGAGCAAGCCCAGCGCGAUCUCAACUACCGGAGGCCCGGUGACAAGCAGCCGUCUAAGCCGGUGCGCAACUACGUCCAGCCACCUCCACAGCCGGCGGCGGCGGCCAAUCAGCGAGCGGCGGCGGGGGGAAGAGCUCCCAACGAGACGAUGCAGCACAAGCAGAGGAAGCCGGUGGAGGAAGACGAUGAUUCGGAGGUCGAGAUGCUCAGCAUUUCCUCCGGCGAUGAGGACUCCUCCAAGGACCGCGGUUUCGGGGGGGAGAGGAACCGUGCCGCGGCCGGAGGGGGGAGAGGUGGGAAGAAUGAUGAGAAGGCGUGGGAUGGUGGCGAGCCUGGCUGCUGGAAACAUGUUGACGAAGCCGAGCUAAGGCGUAGGGUUCGUGACAUGAGGGAGUCGAAAGCAGUUCCCGUUGUUACACAACCUAAGGUUAUUAAGCAUGAUCCAACGAAAAAGGGACUUAAUACCUUACAGUCAUUUCCCCGUGGCAUGGAAUGUAUAGAUCCUCUUGGAUUAGGGAUAAUUGACAACAAAACUUUGAAGUUGAUCACUGAGCGUUCAUCAAGCUCUCCAACUGCUGCUGAUAAAGAGCAUUUAAAUCCUGACUUUCGCGAGCGGUUGAAUUUUUUCUCCGAGACGUUUGAUCCGAAGUUGUUUUUAUCCCGAAUACACCAAAAUACUAGUGCAGCAGACCUGGAAUCUGGUGCUCUUUCUUUGAAAUCCGACCUUAAAGGCCGUACUCAACAGAAAAAACAAUUGGUCAAAGAAAACUUUGAUUGCUUUAUUUCUUGCAAAACUACAAUUGAUGAUAUUGAAUCAAAAUUAAGGCGGAUUGAGGAAGAUCCUGAAGGGUCUGGAACAUCUCACUUAUUUAACUGUAUCCAGGGAGUUGGUUCAAUCGCUAAUCGUGCUUUUGAAUCUCUAUUUGAAAGACAGGCUCAAGCUGAGAAGAUAAGGUCUGUUCAAGGAAUGCUUCAAAGGUUUCGAACAUUAUUUAAUUUACCCAGUAUUAUCCGUGAGAGCAUUAGCAGUGGUGAAUAUGACCUGGCAGUAAGGGAGUACCGGAAAGCCAAGUCAAUUGUUCUGCCUUCUCAUGUUGGCAUCCUAAAGCGUGUACUUGAGGAAGUUGAAAAAGUAAUGCUGGAGUUCAAAGGAAUGCUCUACAAGUCCAUGGAAGAUCCAAACAUUGACCUAACAAAUCUUGAAAAUAUCGUGAGGCUUUUAUUGGAGUUGGAACCUGAGACAGAUCCUGUAUGGCGUUAUCUGAAUAUACAGAACCACCGAAUUCGAGGCUUGCUUGAAAAAUGCACUUUGGAUCAUGAAGCAAGGAUGGAAAAUUUGCUAAAUCAAAUGCGUGAGAAAGCUUUAUCUGAUGCAAAAUGGAGGCAAAUUCAGCAGGAUUUAAAUCAAUCUGGGGAUGUUGAUUACUCUGUUUCUAUUGGGAAUACACAUCUGCUGGGAGAGAUGCAAAUGUAUGGUUUGAAAGCUGAAGAUGUUGAUGCUCUCAGAGGAAAGUAUAUAUACAGGUUGACUGCUGUAAUCAUCCACCACGUCCCAGUCUUCUGGAAAGUUACUGUUUCGGUUUUCAGUGGAAAAUUUGCUAAGUCUUCCCAGGUAGCUCCUGACUCAAAUGUAAGUACCAAUGCAAACAAAACUGAAGAGAAGGUAGGAGAGGCAAAGUACUCGAGUCAUUCUCUCGACGAAGUUGCUGGGAUGUUACAUAAUACUUUAUUGCUGUAUGAAUCUAAGGUCCAUAGCACAUUUCGUGAGCUUGAAGAAUCUAAUGUUCUUCGACCAUACAUGAGUGAUGCCAUAAAGGAGAUAUCUAAAGCAUGCCAGGCUUUUGAAGCGAAAGAGUGCGCACCUCCAAGUGCUGUUUUAGCAUUGCGGACUCUACAGUGUAAGAUUACAAAAGUUUACAUACUGAGGCUUUGUUCAUGGAUGCGAGCUACUACAGAAGAGAUAUCAAAAGAUGAAUCUUGGGUUCCAGUAUCUCUUUUAGAAAGGAAUAAAUCCCCUUAUACAAUUUCUUCAUUACCUCUGGCAUUCCGGGCAGUUAUGGCUACUGUGAUGGAUCAGAUAAAUUUAUUGAUCCAGUCUUUGAAGAAUGAGGCCAGAAGAUCAGAAGAUAUCUUUCAUCAGCUUCAGGAAAUCCAGGAAUCUGUUAGACUUGCCUUUUUGAAUUGUUUGCUAGGUUUUGCUGUUUAUCUUGAAAACAUGGGUAGUGAGCUUACCCAGAGUAGAUCAAGCAGAGACGGUCCACAUUUUGAAAAUGGCUAUUAUGAACCACAAGAAAAAUCAUCUGAUCCUCUUCCUGGAAGUGUUAUUGAUCCUCAUCGGCAGCUGUUAAUGGUCUUGAGCAAUAUAGGAUAUUGUAAAGAUGAACUUGCUCGUGAAAUGUACAACAAGUACAAACACAUGUGGCUGCAAACUAGGGGUGGCAAAGAUGAUGGGGAUGCUGAUGUGCAAGAUAUGAUUAGAUCUUUCUCUAGCCUUGAAGAAAAGGUUCUUGAGCAAUACACUUGUGCCAAGACGAAUUUGAUUAGAGCAGUGGGAGUGAACUAUUUGUUAGAUGCUGGAAUUCAGUGGGGUGCAGCACCUGCUGUUAAAGGUGUUCGAGAUGCUGCUGUGGAGCUGCUCCACACUCUAGUAGCAGUACAUGCAGAGGUUUUCGCUGGUUGUAAGCCACUACUAGAUAAGACACUUGGCAUCCUUGUUGAAGGUCUAAUAGAUACUUUCAUCAGCCUUUUCCGUGAAAACCAAUCAAAAGAUCUUAGCAUAUUGGAUGCUAAUGGUUUUUGUCAGAUUAUGCUUGAGCUUGAAUAUUUCGAGACCAUAUUGAAUCCUUAUUUUACACCCGAGGCAAGGGAGUCCCUCAAGUCAUUGCAAGGCCUUCUGUUGGAGAAAGCAGCUGAGAGUGUAAUGGAAAAUGCUGAUACUCCAAGUCACAGCCGGCGACCAACACGUGGAAUUGAUGAUGUGAUGGAUGAGAGGCAGCAAGGGAUGAGCGUGUCACCUGAUGACCUCAUUGCUCUCGCCCAGCAGUAUAGUUCAGAGCUGCUUCAAGCUGAGCUCGAGAGGACCCGAAUAAACACAGCAUGCUUUGUGGAGUCAAUUCCCUUGGACUCCGUUCCAGAAUCCGCAAAAGCAGCUUAUGCUUCUUUUAGAGAUUCAACUAGUAGGAGUUUUAAAGGAUCACAACACAGUGGACCCCCAAGCUUCCCCCGGCAAAGACGUAGAUAGAUAGAUAGAUAGAUAUUACUUGGUACUGUUCUUGGCAUAUUCAGGUUUUCCUCUUCUUCUUUUCGGGUUGGUUUGUUUGUUUCUCCAUAUGUAUGUGCCGUGCUGUUGGUUGUUGUGUUGUAGCUGUUAGUAUAUUAGUACAUUCUUAAUUCUUUUGUGCCAAGUGAUACACAUUUUGUCCAUAAUGGAAGCAUGCAUAUUCACAAGCUUCAUAUUUUGAAA